AUGAAAUGCAGGGAAUAUAACAGGUACACAUAGAUACCUGACAGAUAGUUUUGAAAGUUUGGAUGUAGGUGGCUGCUGAUAUGAAGUCUGACCACUUUUUAGCCCUGGAACUUUUGGAACCGUCCACAGAAAUGGCUGGCGAAGGAAAAGCCGCAGACGACAGCGCUGCACCAAAAGGAAAGCAAAUGAGGACUAUUGUUUUGACUGGAUUUGGUGGAGUUAAAAUGUUGAAAACUCAACAAAAAUCGGAACCAACACCUAAUGAAGGAGAAGUGAUGAUACGAGUCAAAGCAUGUGGUCUUAAUUUUUUUGAUCUGAUGGUUCGUCAAGGCAUUCUAGACAACCCACCUAAAACUCCCGUUACGAUGGGAUUUGAGUGUUCAGGAGAGGUAGAGGCAGUCGGAGGAGAUACAACAGGAUUUAAGGUUGGAGACAGGGUUAUUGGUUUUUGUGAUUACAAUGCUUGGGCAGAGGCUGUUGUACUCCCUGCUCAGUUGGUGUAUAAAAUGCCAGACAAUAUGAGCUACCAAGACGGUGCUGCAUUAGCGAUGAACUACUUAACUGCUUAUAUCAUGUUGUUUGACAUGGCCAACCUGAGGAAAGGACAAUCUGUGUUUGUUCAUUCUGUUGGUGGCGGCGUGGGACAAGCUAUUGGCCAACUCUGUAAGACGGUGGAGAACGUGACGGUAUAUGGCACAGCUUCGUACUACAAACAUGAGUUUGUAAAGGAGAGUGUCGACCAUUUAUUUGAUAGAGUUGUAGAUUACUCACAGGAAGUUAGAAAAUUAACCCCUGAGGGAGUAGAUAUCGUUUUAGACUGUUUAUGUGGUGAUGAUACAAACAAAGGCGUUUCACUACUUAAACCAAUGGGAAAAUAUGUUCUUUAUGGGUCAUCAAACAUAGUCACAGGAGAGACAAAAAGCUUCUUUAGUUUUGCAAAAUCCUGGUGGCAGGUGGACAAGAUCAGUCCAAUCAAACUGUAUGAUGAGAACAAAUGUAUAGCUGGUUUCCAACUCCGUCAUCUUGUCUUUAAACAAGGACAAUACCAAUAUGUUAAGCAGGUCAUGGAGCAACUUUUCAAACUGUAUAACGAUGGAAAGAUCCGACCUGUCAUAGAUUCAGCAUGGGCACUGGAAGAUGUAGGAGAUGCCAUGCAGAAACUCCAUGACAGAAAGAAUGUUGGAAAAAUAAUUCUGGAUCCAAGCUUACAACCAAAACCAAAGCUUGCUGUUCAAGGGAGACAACACACUGACAGUACAUGCAGUGAUGACAUCAAAGAGAAGGAACCAAUUGUUAAUGGAGAAAACCAAUCAUAAAUGAAAGUAGUGUUGUGUAAAGAACAACGUAACCAGGAACCAUGCUAAAUAAUUGCAUUGUCAAGAUAACAACUUAAUUUGCUAUAAUGAACAGCAUAAAGUGCAUGAUCACCAUGUACAACAAACCAGAUCUAACUUUAGUGGAAGAUGAAUGUCAUUUAUUACUUGUAUGUUAGAAUAUAGAUUUUUAUGUUGCUAGAAUUGUUCCAUCCAUUAAAACUGGAGCUGUACUUAAAAAGACUCAGCAAAUAGUUCUUAUGAAAAACCUCUACUUAAAACCAUGUAACAUGUAAAUCCAAUAUCGUAAACUUUACAAAUUAUUACUACCAAAUGACUUUGAUGGAACUAAAAUGUUAACUUGUUUGAAGUAUUAUUUAAAAAAUAUUCUAUAAGUUUUACUGUCAGUUUUAAAGUAGAACCCUAGGAUAUAGAACUUUCAACAUUCCAAAUUGAAGUCUCACAAUCUCAUUAAAAUCCAAAGUUCUAGUACACUACACAUUGCAUUUCUAAUUGCUAGAACAUAUUCAUUUUUAUACUUAUUAUGUGUAAUUUGAAUACUAUUCCUAAUACCAGUUUAAUAAUGAUUAUGAAUGUAAGAGCUUAUUUCAUGACUCUUGGAGUACAAUCUUUGGUCUAAAGAAAAAUAGAACGUUUCUCUUGGCAGUUUUAAAUAUCUGUUGAAAAGCUCUAUUGGAAGUUUUCAUUGGCCUGUUCAAAACUUUUAAUGGAAUAUCAUUCAUCAAAAGUAUACCAUAAUAUUUCAACUUGCCAAAGUUAGUUGCUAAAUUUUGUCAAAAUUCUAUUUUUAGAUAUUAACUGCUGUAUGAUUUGGUGCUGUAUAUUCUCUAUUAGAUGUUUGUGUUGAGCAAUUGUUGUUUUACCGGGAUUAAAAGGGCAUUCGUUAAAAUUAUUAGUUCCGACCUGUUUGUUAUCUAUACCCCCAGAAGUAUUUAUAAUUGUUUAUAAUUGUUGUGCUUUAUAAAGCAUUAUCAAUGCACAUAUUAGAACCCCCAGUUCACAUGGAGUUUUGUUAGUUACAGCUGAAACCCUCAUCCUUCAUCAGCUAAAAUCAGAAUUUGCAUGUUACUAGUACACAAAAACGAUUGCACUUUCCAAUACACGAAAUGCUUACUGUAAACCGACUUAUUUUUGCGGAUACUUUGUUUCCGGUUAUACCAAUUUUAGUCCAUUUCGCGCUUUUUGAAUUAGCGAUUUUAUGAUAUAAUUGAUGUUGUGAAAUAAAGAUUUACUUAUUCCCAACAAUUUAUAUUUGCAUUAUUUUUCUACUCGCAAAAGUCAUGAAAAUGAAUAACUCACGAAAUAAGCUGGUUUACAGUAUCUUAAAUUGCUACUGAUCAUCAGGCUUCAACAUUGUUUGUUUUAGUGGAAAAAAUAAUGUUGAACACAGCAUAUAUUAACUUGUGGAAAUGGAUAAUUACCCAGUGGUAUAUUGACAAUUUUCAAACUAAAACUCCAUGUGAACUGGGUGUAUUUAUUGUUGUCUGAAACUGUCUGUUUAAGUUUUACUAUACCAUAUACAUAUUGUUACCAAAUUUUUAACUAUAUUUUGUGAUAUAUAUUGAUUUGUGUCUAUAAUAUUCAAGUUGUGAAUGAACCUAUGUGAAAGUAUGUCAUUGUAUAACAUUUAUCAACUGAAAUAUUCUGUCAAUCAAAUUUGUUUCAAUGGUCACAAUUUACUUAUAAUAACCUUUUUGGAAAAAAUAACAUACUUGUGUUUGCAGACCCAGAGAAUCUAAAAUGAGGAUUUUACCUUACCAUACAGUGAUAUAUUUGUUCCUUUUAUUUAUAUUGUAAUAACAUUAUGAAAUGUACAUUAUUCUCCACCCCAGAUGUGUGCUCAAAACAGGAAAAGGACCAAAACCAUAAGGUACAUGUUGAAAGUAUGUUCCAAAUGUUGUGAUAUAUAUGUUAUAUGUAUUCGUUGAUU